CUGAGGAGGAGUGUGGAGGAGGGCAGGGAGUGUGUUGAGAGUCGUCCACACAUUGUGACGCCUCCUUAGUGGGAAUGAGGAAAAAACUGCGAGAAGCACUCGAGACGGUGGAGGAUAACGCGUUUUUGUUCUCCCCGUUUAGAACUUUCCUCCCAAGUCCUACCUUCUUCCCUAUCUGUAUGAUUACGUGAAGGCUAAAAGAAACCCAACGAUGCAGAGCUCAGUUGACUCUUCGCAUGUGAUGGAUGUCUCAAAACCCAAGCCAUCUCUCCCUCCCAAGCCUCGACUUACUCCCAAGCCUUUCUCUGCACAAAACAAUGCCAUUCACUCUAUAAAUGCUCCAAAGGCUGUUAAUGUGUCCUCCAAGGACAAGGCCGGAAAACCUGUGGCUGAAACUGCCCCUAAACCCUCCUUGACCAAACCGUCCACAAAAUCACCUCAGCAAAACUCCACAAGUGUGAAUAUAAAGGAUCAAACAAAACCCUCCAUAGCUGAACCCAAACCUGUUGCAGUUCAGAAAGAAGUUGCCGAAACAAACAACAAAACAGCGACGCAGGUGGUAAUUAACACAAAACCGGCUGAUGUCAAAAUGAGUGAAGACAAAUCCCCAGCGACCACGGUCCAGAAGCCUGAAGAAUCACAGAGCAAUGAUUCAUCGAAAACCAAUGAAACAUUUCAAUGGGGUGGAACCAGAAAGCGCUUGUCCAUGGAGCUAACCUCAAAGUUUAACUCUGGUGGUAUCCCUCGGCCCACUGAACACAGCAGAACCACAUCUUUGAACAAAGGAAAAGAAAAUGAAGAAAAUGCAAACCAGCCGAAACCGAAAAUGCCAGAGCAGUCCACCACAGAAAGUGAUGAAACCAAACUGAUGGAGAACAGCAAUGGAAGUGGCAGCAUUAAACGCCGGAUCAGUCUUCUAUUUGAUGGCGUGUCAAAGCCAGAGAUUGCUGUGAAGAGGGUGCAGCCUGAGUUUGUAAACGAAAUAGGUGGUGUCAAGGAGCGAAUCAAAAACUGGACUCAGGAGACCAGCUUAGCGCCCACAACUGUGCCAACAAUUGACACAAAUGACAAAUUGCCAGCUGUUCCUGAAACAGGGAUCCUAUCACUGUCUGACACAAGUGAAAAACCUCCAACAGAGCGACUAGACACAUCAGAGCAGUUGGACCACAAGACAUCAGCAGAAAAGGAUGAUGCAGACGACGUCUUCUCACCUGAACAUGUUAAAAGACGAGACUCUGUCAAACGCAGCUCUGUUCACUUUGGUGCCAUGAAGAGUGAGUGUGGCGAAGCUCCUCUUGCCGUUGGGUCGAAAGCAGACAGCAAAUCAGAGGAAGUAGGAACUUUAAAGAGCAAGGUAGCAGACAUCAGUGAGGUGGAACGAAUAAAACAUUUGGAAUUUGAAAAAAGGCGAAAAGAAGAGGUAAGUGAAAUACAAAGGUUCAAGUUACAGGAGGAGAAGAAACAAAAAGAGGAGAAGGAGGAGGAAAGGAAUAAAGAAGCAGCCAGGCAGAAAAGCGAAGAGGAGACCAGGGGGGAGACCGAGAAAGAAAGACUUAGACUUAAGAAGGAAGAAGAGGAGAGGCAAAGAAGGGAGGAAUUUGAGAAAGAAAGGCUAAGGGAAGAGGAGAAGCAGAGAAGGGAGGAAUUGGAGAGAGAAGAGGAAAGGAAGCGGGAGGAGGAGAAAAAAAGAUUGAGGCUGAAGAGGGAAGAAGAAGAGGAGGAGGAGAGGAGUGAGGAACUUGGUAGAGAAAGAUUGAGAGAAGAGGAAAGGAGGAGAGAGGAGAUGGAACGGGUGAGAGUGAAGAAGUUGGAAGAGAAGCAGCGAAGGGAGGAAUUGGAGACAGAAAGGCUAAGAGAAGAGGAGAGAAGGAGGCACGAGAGAGAGAGAUUAAGGCUAAAGAGGGAAGAAGAGGAGAGGCGAAGAACCGAUGAAUUAGAGAAGGAAAGGCUGAGAGAAGAGGGGAGAUGGAGGGACGAGAGAGAAAGAUUGAGACUAGAGAGAGAAGAAGAGGAGAGGCGAAGUAGCGAUGAAUUAGAGAAGGAAAGGCUGAGAGAAGAGGAGAGAUGGAGGGACGAGAGAGAAAGAUUGAGACUAGAGAGAGAAGAGGAGAGGCAGAGAAGGGAUACAUUGGAGAGGGAAAGGCUAAGGGAAGAGGAGAGAAAGAGGGAGGAGAGAGAAAAAUUGAGGCUGGAGAGGGAAGAAGAGGAGAGACAAAGAAGGGAUGAAUUAGAGAGAGAAAUGCUGAGAGAAGAGGAGAGAAGGAGGGGCGAGAUAGAAAGAUUGAGGCUAAAGAAGGAAGAAAAGGAGAGAAAAAGAAGGGAUGAAUUGGAGAAAGAAAGGCUAAUAGAAGAAGCGAGAAGAAAGGAAGAGAUGGAAAGAUUGAGGCUAAAGAAAGAAGAGAAGGAGAGACUGAGAAGGGAUGAAUUGGAAAGAGAAAGGCUAAGGGAAGAGGAAAGGAGGAGGGAGGAGAUAGAAAGAAUAAGAAUUAAGUUGGAUGAGGAGAAGCAGAGAAGGGAGGAAUUGGAGAAAGAUAGGUUGAGAGAAGAGGAGAGAAAGCGGGAAGAGAUAGAAAGAUUGAGGCUAAAGAGAAAAGACGAUGAGAGACGGAGAAUGGAUGAAUUGGAGCGGGAAAGGCUAAGGGAAGAGGAGAGAAGGAGGAAUGAUAUAGAAAGAUUGAGACUAAAGAGGGAAGAAGAGAGGCAGAGAAGGGAUAAAUUGCAGAGGGAAAGGCUAAGGGAAGAGGAGAGAAUGACGGAGGAGAGAGAAACAUUGAGGCUGGAGAGGGAAGAAGAGGAGAGACAGAAAAGGGAUAAAUUUGAGAGGGAAAAGCUCAGGGAAGAGGAGAGGAGGGAGGCGAUAGAGAGAAUGAGAGUGGAGAAGUUGGAAGAGGAAAAGCAGAGAAGGCAGGAAUUGGAGAAAGAGAGGCUGAAAGAAGAGGAGAGGAGGGAAGAGAUAGAAAGGCUGAAGAGGGAAGAAGAGGAGAGACAGAGUAAAGAGGAACUAGAGAGGGAAAGACUGAGGGAAGAGGAGAAAAGGAAGGAGGAGAUGGAAAGACUCAAGCUGAAGAUGGAACAAAAUGAGAGGCAGAGAAGGGAGGAAUUGGACAGGAAAAGACAGAGGGAAGAUGAGAAAAAGAAGGAUGAGAUAGAAAGACUCAGGCUCAAGAUGGAAGAAGAGGAGCGACACAGAUGUGAGGAAUCUAGGGUGGCACAAGCACUGGAGGAGGAGAAGUCGAGGACGAGAUGGAGGAUGGAGAUGAAAAUGCAACCGCAAAAGGAAGAAUUGGAGAGAAUGAGGGAGCUGGAGACGUGGAGAGAAGAGGCACGAAGGAAAGAAGAGAGGAGGAAAGAAGAAGAGAGAAGGCAAGACGUCAUUGAUGAGACUGAGGCAAAUUUAAUCAGCUUGGACUCUAAAGACUUGCCUCAAACGCCACGCAAAUUCUCAUCACAGACUGGGAUAGUUUACGAUAACUUCUCAGUCAGUGUUCCUAAGCCUCUGGUGGAUGUUGCUCAUUUUGAUGAUUUUUCAGUGAAACCAACUCGAUGGGGUUCACAGCCUAAAGUCGAUGUAACCACACAGGACACAAUGGUAGGCGUGCUGGUGCCCCUCAAUGUUGGCGCUCGGGAAGGAGAUGCACAAGAGAGAGUGAAGACUGAAAGGGGCUUUGAGCCUAAAUCAACUUUGGAGAGCCCGGAGGAAGCGGAGGAGCGAUGGAGUUCACAGCCUAAAGUCGAUGUAACCACACAGGAACCAAUGGUAGGCGUGCUGGUGCCCCUCAAUGUUGGCGCUCGGGACAGAGAUGCACAAGAGAGAGUGAAGACUGACGGGGGCUUUGAACCGAAAUCAACCUUGGAGAGCUCGGAGGAGCACCGAGAGCAAGCGGAGGAGUCUCAAGAACAGGAGAAACAGUUUUCCCAGGAAGGGUUGACAAAAGGAAGCAAAUAUUACAAGCAUGAGGAUCCUGUCAGCAGUUAUCGUACAUAUGGUGAAGACACAGAUGCUUUGAUAGACUGUGAGUCAGACAGGCAGCAUACAGCGUAUGAUUGGAGAUCUAAAAUUGAUAGGACUGAUUUUCAACCAAGUCCGAAGUCUUUCACUGAUCCAUUUCCUGAGGUCUCGCUUGAAGAUGUUGAUGCAACUGAACCAGAGCUGUCUCCUUUCCCCGAGAGCACCAGUCCUCUUCUUGACACCAGUGCACAGAAAUCCAGGGCGGACCUGGGCAAGAGGCGCAGACGAUCACGUCCAUCACGCUCAAGCCGCUCACAUCCAACUUUGACAGAGAAUCCAGACUGGCGGUCUUGCGACACCACAGAUGGAGGACAAAGAGAGUCUGACUCGGAGGAGAAGGAGCCAAAGCAAAGGAUCGUCUCUUCUCCUUCUGUCUCCAGGAAGAUCCCUGUGUCUCAUGGCAUGAGCCCAUCAACGCUCAUUGCUCAGAUCAAAAAGAGAGCAGAAGGACGACAGGAGACUGAAGAAGACCAGGAAAGUCCAAAUGAUGAAGUGGUGCCAUCUUCCUCCCAGCUGCCUCGGCUUCCCCGCUCUCCUGCCCAGCUUGCUGGAGCCGCACGAGUACUUCCACCCAUAGGUGCCACAGAUGGAGGUGCGGUCUCUCCGGCUUGGCUGACAGAGUUGAAGUCUAAGAAGCGUAUCAGUCAACACGAAGGGGAAUGGUAGCUGAGCAGCAUAUGGCAGGAGCCACCAUGCUAUCGUGCAGAAUCCAUCCAUGACAGAUGUUUGUUCCAAGAGACACCUCACCAAGGUCUAUAUUUUGCACCUUGAGUGCCUGAUUUGUACAUUUGAACCAGAUCUGAAAUAUGCAAAAUGGUAUUCAGGCUUUUCAGGCCGAAUACAUGAGUCAUUGAAAACUUUGUCUUGUAAAUAAUUUGCCAAGGCUUUGUGACAUUUUAUGCUAUUGCCAAGUACAUGUUUAAACUAAUACUGUCAACUAGUGAUCAUCAACAUAAUGCAGAGAAAGACAUAAAUUGACUAUUUUUUCACUUUGUUCUUCGUUGUUGGUGUUUGUCAAUUAUUAUUGACCAGGUCUGAUGCCAAUAGACUGUUUUGAAGCCAAUUUAUAGUCACUCACAUGUUCCAGUCAUUAUGGCUCACCCCUUGUCUUUAGUUGAACAUAAAAUGAUCUCUUUAAAGUAAAUCUUCUUUACACUUUAAGAAAUAUGGUUAUGUACACACCGUAUAUAUCUCUAUGCAAUAGAAAUGAUCAGACAAUCAGUUUUCUCCCUUUCAGAAUACAAUAAAGUCAUCCAAAUGCCUCAUGAUAACAUCAGCAAGUAUGCAGGAAAUGUAGGAAUGCUUUUAUGCUAGCGCACUGUGUGAAUACUUUUAAGAGCCUUUGUUUUCUAAUGAAAAAAAUGACCACCAGUCAUUAAUUUGCAAUGUGUUGCAAUUUAUUAAAAGCUUUUCUACAGUAUGAAAUGUAUUUGAGUGCAUGUGGCUGUUUAUGCAAAAACACACACAUAAUGAUGUCAACUGA